UUCAGUGAACAUCGUGGAGUCUGCAGCUCGGCAACGAGUUUUCCCCUACUUUUAAGCUCCGAUCCCGGCCUGGAUGGAACGUGGUGGCCAGCCGGCCAUCGGCAUUUAUGCCGGGCUAAGCUCCUCCGUGUACUUAAGAUGGCAUCAACACUGGAUCAAAAAGCUACUUUUAAAGAUGGAAAAACUGAGUGUGAGAAGAUGUAUGUAGUGCUGAGCAGUCCUGUGGGAAGAAUCGAAAUAUCUGGAUGUGAGACAGGAGUGCAUGAAAUCAAACUUCAGGGAAAUGCUGUGUCACAAAAUGGUACUGCAGAGGCCUUGGUUUCGUGUGAAGUAUGUGAAGCCCCAGAUGAAAUGGCAGAGCCAAUGAAACAGUGUGCAGCUUGGCUCCAGGCCUACUUCUGUGAACCCUGGAUGAUAAAGAAGAUCCAAAUGCCUCCUUUUCACCAUCCACUGUUGGAGAAAGCUUCAUUCACCAGAGAAGUGUUGUGGACCCUGUUGAGAGAUGUGAAUUUUGGAGAGGCAGUUUCUUACAAGCAAUUAGCAGACCUGGCAGGCAACAGCAAAGCAGCAAGAGCGGUGGGAGGGGCAAUGAGAAGCAAUCCUGUCCCGAUUAUAAUACCAUGCCACCGAGUGAUCUGCAGCAGUGGACAGACUGGCAACUACUCCGGAGGAAGUCAUCUGAAAGAGUGGCUUUUGUCAUAUGAGAAGCUUCAGAAGGAAAAGUUAGCAUAUUGAUGCAGUUCAGGCACAGCUGUUAUACAGCCAACACACAUAACCAAAGAUACUUGGCUUAUAACAAGCUUUCAGAACACACAGUAGAAUUCAGGAAAAUGGUAAAUAUUUGAGUGACAUAUAAAUAUAAUACAACAUCCGAAGCGAAAUGUGUGGUGGCACUACUAUAUUAAAAAAGCUGAAUGUGUCCUAGGGGAUACAGCUUGUAUGCCCUUUCUUGUUUUUACAUUUUACAGCAGAAUGAGUACAGCGGGCUAUGCCUGUUGUGCAUGUAUUUUGUUCCCAUCUCCAGUGCUGUUUUGUUCUAUUUUUAAUGUCCAUUAAAGCAAGGAUAAGGGAGUAGGAGGGGCAUGGCAAAUGUUAGAUGCAACUGCCCCUCUAAGGAAGCAUCUGGCUCACAGAGGGGACAGCCGGGAAUCCGAAGCCUUUGCGUGUAUUCGAAGAGCAAAAUUAAAUGCAUAAGCUUCAACACACACCUCCCCCUGUUCCUGCCUGGAUUUGUAUUUGUCUAGAUUGAAAAGCUUGUACCUCUGCCAGGCUUGGUGCCCAAGAUUCUCCUGUUUUCUUUGAUGUUUGAACUGUUGAAAUGAUGUUUUACGUAAACAGUUGUUAAUGAAACACACUGGAAAUCCAUUCAAAAGGAAACCGCUAUUGAAUUGCCUAUUCACAGCUUUUCUUUUCAGAUCAUUGUAGAUGGCUUAACAGAUAUGAAUAAAAAUAUUUUGUCUCCAUUAGCAUUGCUUGAUGUAGGGGGGAAAUAGAUGCUGAUAAAGUAGCAUGAUGACAAAACAAAUAUUUUUGUAAAAUUAUGCAUCUGAGUUGCAAUACCUUUUGCCAGAAUUUAGAAGUACAAUUCCUUCCAGUUUUUAUCUUUCUAAUCAGCAGUGCUUAUGACUUUUACUUAGUAUUUGCUUUAUUUAGUUUUCAUAUUUAUACACAUGUUAUACAAUACUCUGGGUUAUAAGAUGCUAUACAUUAUACGAAACACAUAAUGCAAUCCAGAGAAAAUAUAGUCAAACAAAGGAUAUUAAAGCUAAAAUUUCUGGUUAUUUUUUAAAAAAAAAACUCAUUGAAGGUAAAAUAUUACAAAGCACCAGAAACUGAAAUUUUCAGUGUGGGAGUAAUAAAUCGUAACAUGGAAAUACUGAUUUUUAUGUUUUUAUCACAUUCUUGUAUGUGUUACUUUAGAAAGCUCAUUGCUAACAAAAUUAUUGUGUUAUGCUAUUCUGUAUUACUCUGCAAAUGUAGUGUUACUGAAAUAUUAGAAUUUCUUUAUUAAAACCUGUUAUGCAUGUACAA